AAUAUACUGAAACCGUCGUAUAAAAGAUAAUAUACCAACUUUGCAGGAUAUAUCACGAAAUGAAAAACAACAUUCGGGAUUUAUCAUUAUAAGUGGAGCGAAGUAGCCUUACCAAGAACAUAAUCUACAUCUUGUUUUCUGCGAAAUAACAUUUGAAAAAUAGUUUACCAAAAAAACAUCCAUUGUUUCAACAGCUUCUAAGAAGAAAGCGUGAGGACAACCAAUCAGAAGUCAGCUUUAAGAGUGUUACGAUCAUGCUCGUAAGUGCUGCACUUAAUGGUUACAAUCUACGCAUUUCAUUGGAUCGAAUUGUAUAUAAACAUGUUAUUUAAAUUAACGGAGCAGUAUUGCGUGAGAAAACAAGAUAACGCGUGGAUGUUUAUGUAAGAAGAGUUAUUUCACAAAGGAGUUGAAUUACGUAUUAUGUUUUUGGAAUUAAGACUAAGUAUAUCAAUUGAUAGAAAAAAUAACAUCAUGGAGCAAAAUUGUUUGACAAAGUACUUUAAGACAUUAUUCGUGUGUUCGUUGUUCUGUUCGACGCAAUGCCUGAAAACAGAUAAAAAGAAGUUCUUCACGGCUGCAGUAUACGAGCAUGCCGUGUACCAACCACCAGUGACGCCACUUCCGCUGCCCCGGGCACAGGCACUGGAAAUCAUGAUGACAAACAUCCGUGUAUAUCAGGAGCAGACGAAAAUUGCCGCAUUAAAGGGUGCAAAUAUCAUAGUGUUCCCAGAGGAUGGAAUCUUUGGCAUGUUUCUGAGAACUCGGGAGCUACUUUUCCCAUUCAUGGAAUAUAUCCCGGAACCAGAACUAAGUUGGAAUCCGUGUGAGCAUCCGACCAUGUAUCCGGAAACGGAAAUACAGCUUGCACUAAGCUGUAUGGCACGCGACAAUAAUAUUUACCUCGUCGCGAAUAUUGGUGACAAACAGCCAUGUAACGUUUUGACUGACCCGAGUUGUCCACACACCGGUUACUACCAGUACAACACUAAUGUCGCGUAUGAUACAAGGGGAACCCUCGUUGCGAAGUAUCAUAAAUACAAUUUGUUUUAUGAGUUUCAGUUCGACAAGCCUUCAAAGCCAGACAUAAGCGUAUUUAGCACGCCUUUCGGACGGUUUGGUUUAUUUACAUGCUUUGAUGUACUGUUCGAACACCCACCGAUAGAUCUUAUUUGUCGCCACAACAUUUCCAACAUAGCCUUCCCCACCGCGUGGAUGGAUGCUGGUCCGUUCUUCACGUCCGUUCAGUUCCACUCAGCGUUCGCCGUAGGGCUUGGUAUUAACUUUCUAGCUGCCAAUAUCCACCUUCCAUCAUGGCGUUUUCAUGGUAGCGGUAUCUACACGCCACAAGGAGCGGCCGGAUACUACUACAACACCCGUAACGACAGUGGCGGACAGCUGAUUGUUCGGGAGAUUCCGGUCGUUGACCAGCCCAGAUUGGAGGCGUGUCGUGGUUUGAACAUUUCACUUUCCGACCUUACCGAUCAAAUGCUCGGAUUGGACAAAACGGUUAACAAUGAAAGGGAGACGUUGCAACAUACAAAGAGAAAGGGGCAGGGAAAGGAGCAUAACAAGGGGCAUGGAAAGCGGCAUGGAAAGGGGCAGGGAAAGGGGAAGAGAAAGGGACAGGGAAAGGGACAGGGGAAAGGGCAUGGCAAGGGGCAGAGAAAGGGAAAGGGGCUAGGAAAGGGGAAGGGACAGAGAAAGGGACAGGGAAAGGGGCAGGGAAGCAUUUCACAGCAUGACAUUAACGACGAAAUGCAACAUGGAUUUCACGUAGAUAUGUUUCAAUAUGAUUUGUUCUACGAUCGUUUCAACCUUGUUCCGCUCAGAUCUGAAGGCGUUAAUACGUCUGUAUGCCACACAGACCUAUGUUGUCAUAUAUCAUACAGUUUAGAGCCUAAAAACAGACCUGCGAUGGAGUACCAAACACAAACAGCAAAUGGAAUCGAUAGAGCAGGUCAACAUUCAACCCAUCCUUUUAAUAAAGCCGAAGAUAGUGAAGAAGUAGAAGUUGUAACUGCGAAUAGUGAAAACAAGCGUGCAGCAUAUGACGAAGAGUUCUAUGCACUUGGAGCCUUUGAUGGCCUCCAUGUUUACGAAGGCAGGUACUACAUUCAGCUCUGUACCGUAAUUCGAUGUCGUAAACAACUUAAUGUCGUAAACUGCAGUGACGAAAUGGGCGAAGAAUUCAGUAUGCGGUUAAAUCAUUUCGAGCUAAUCGGAAACUUUUCCUCUUCGUAUCUUUAUCCCGAGAUAUUACUGCAAGGCGAAAAUGAUUUUCGAUUGACAGAAUAUCCCAGAAUAUGGUCUUUUACUGAUGGGCACUUGAUCGUUAAUGAAUAUUUGUCUUCGCCAUUGGCAGUGGCGACACUAUUCGGACGAGAUUAUGGUCGGGAUUAUAUCGAAGGAAUAAAUUAAUCAAGAAGCACCAUUAAUGAAGAAGAACUCUACAACAAGCUUUCUACAGUUUGAAAAGUAUAAUUGAUUCGAUGAUAAUAAUAAAAAGCAAAGGCCCACUGCGCAGCGGCGGGUGUUGACCUCUUAUUUGUUUCAGUUUUCUGGCAUACAUAUAGACAUACCGAUUCAACUCGAAAUAUUUCAGCCCUCGUCAUCUAUUUUUGCGAUGUAAUAUCCUAUACCACUUAAGUAUAAUAGACACUUCGACAAAUGCUUAUUCAAGCGUAAAUGCAUGCAUAAAAUAUAUGACAUUAACGUCAUUAUUUUGUAGCGUAUUGAAAUCAAUUUUCUUUCAUUAUAUGUAUUUCACCGCCAAAAUACGACUUUUUGCUCUAGAUUGUUAUGCUUCAUUUUUCCUGCCUCUCGGCUGUAAGGGAAAAAGUCAUAUCCAAUGGACUGGUUUACCACAAAUCUCGAACACUGUUCCCAUACACAAUGAUUGUAAAUAUAACCCGUCAUAAAUGUAUGGCAUGAAUCACGAUUUGUUUCUUAUGUAUUUUCUUCGAUCUUUUUGAUAUCUUAUUUUUAGUAUUAUCCUUAUAAAUCAAUAAACGCUCGAUAAAAAAUCGUGUGUUCAAAACAUUAUAGUCGGCAUCUGUAUUCCCGCGGUAUCGCUAUUCCCGCGGUAUUUCGAUUGACCAGUCGCCGAAGUAUCGAUCGCUCCGCCCACAUUUUCGAUCAGCCAAUUAGAUAUCGAUUUUUCACACACCCCUCAGCAACGCUUAUCUUGCCGCCAUUUUUUCCAACACAGAAAGCGUGUCGUUCAUAUGGAAUGGACGUAAUUUUUAAGAGUUUACACAGAUUUUAUAUCAAAUGCAUGAUCAUUACUGUUCGAUCAUUAUUCAAAAUUGUAGGUGCUAUACAUACUUUAUAAAAGGUUAUUAUUUUAUCUUUAUUUAUUGAAUAUAUGAACGAGUAAUGAGAAAAGAAACACAAUAAAUAGUUUAACCACACCAGUUGUGUGUUCUAUAAAAACGUGUUAUACCGUUUGAUGCACAAUAUUAUUGAGCAGUUUGGGCAACAUAAUAAUUGCCACACGUGCUAAUUAAUCUCAGAGUAAUUGUCGAUGAUUAGUAAAUGACAGUAUGUUGCGUGGAUCUCAGAAUGAAGGAACAUUAAGGCAUUGUUAGGUACUGUACACAAGAAAAUAAAACUAUUUAAUUACUUAAAUGAUUUCCAAUUAUAUAUUUAUUUUCUGUGGAUCAUAAACAAGGGAAAUCAUUAUAAAUUGUUAACUUAAAUAUUGUUUUAACUUAAGUAAAAAAAGGUGAUUUCAACGCGGCUUAGCCAGCUUAAAGCGACUUCAGGUGUAAAAUGUACGGCUUAUAAUACAACAAUAACAACAACAUUUCUAAUACAACAUAUAUUGAAACGGGGAGAAAUGUGGAAAUUGCAAUUAACAUAUAAGGACCAUCUUGUUAUAAAUAAACACAUGCAUAAUAUGCUAAAUGUAUUUUAUUCGAAUGUUCGUGAACAGCACCGUAAUACCAACAUUUCAUUUUUCGAUAGGGAAAUGUAACAGGUUCGCAUUAAAAAUAAAUGCAAUAAAAUGCAUAUUAGACUAUCUGUUAAUGAAACCACGAACUUAGGCCUGUAUUAAAUUAUGGUUACAAUCAAAAUUUAAUUUAUAUCUAAAUAAAAAAAUCGGUGUCUUUUUAAAAACAACACAAUAAAACAAAGAUCUAAACAUUUUUAAUAAACAAAAAACCCAUCAUGAUAUGGAUGUGUCAUUUGCAUUUAAUAAAAAUAAUUUCAAAAUUAAAUAUGAAUAGCCACCGGAUUCACUGUCAGACGAUUUAAUACAAGUUCAAAAUCAAUAUAAAAUAAAUGCUCAUUUUUACAACGGAUUUUCAUCAACUCCCUAUAAAAUGUAUUAGAAACGUUUCUGAUAGUCAGUCUGCCGUUAACUCAUUUAUUUUGAUUACGCCAUUUCUCUCUAAAGCAUUUAUGAUUGUAUUAAAGUUUUACAAAGCAGUUUAGUUUAGUGUGCGGCUUUAAUAAUUUAUAUUAUAGAAAAGAGCUUGAUACAUCGUUACAAAUAUAGAAUUUCGCUUACGUAAUCCGCUAUGAUUGCGAUCUGCUUGUCGGAGUUUUCUUAUUGACCUUAUCGCAACAUCCGGGCACUUGCGUCAGUUAGAGUUACAUGCCCCUUGACGACGGUGAAAACAAAAGCGCUGUCGCCAUUUUAUUUGCAUUGAAAUAUUAAACACUGCUCGCAAUUUUCUUAAGUUAAGGCACAUCUUCGCGACCAUUUUUUAGAAUAGAAAUACCCAGUAAUAGAAAUUCUUUCAUAAUAAAUUUAAUUUAAUGAACGAACACAAAUAAGGAUGAAAACAAACAACCAAUAAGUUUUAAAUAUAUGCAACAUAUAGUAGCUGAUUUGAACCUCUAUAUUUGUUACCUUAUUACCUUGUUACGUAUUAAAUUAAUUCUCAUGAUAAA